AUGGAUGUGCAACAAUCAAUCGGUCAUGGACCAACAAACACCACAACAACAAAUGCUAAUAUCAUCCACCCAUAUAGUUGCCGGUUGGCAAGUACAGCAUGGACGCAGCUCUGGGAAGCUGAUAUUUGGUGCCAGCCAAAAGCAAAUAACAGCGACAACAUCAGUGGCGGCGGCGAUGUGGGCAACAGCAGCGUUGCAGGAGCACAAAGUGCGGAGGCAACAAGCUCCGCAAAUUACGCCACCAACACAAACCCGCCCCUCACAACUGCGCCAUCCGCACUCAGUCAAACAUACCGCUGCGCGCUUAGCAAAUUCGAUGUGGCAUUGCGUAGGGCACGCUAUAAAUGUCAAGCGAUUGCAACGGGCAGUACCGAGGUGCCAGCAGAAGUGGCGAAAAACGAUAUUGAUGACGCGUUGGCGGAGGCAGUGUCCGAAGCGAUGGGCAUCCCAGCUGUUACGGGUGCCUCGGCUGCGAAAGGCGUCGAUUGCGUAAUGAAUACAGAAGUGAUAGUGCAACAGUUGCAGCAACCGGUGGCCGAUUUUAAUUUGGCGCUUAUGCAGCAACAACAGCAAUUACAAGAUGAUCCUCUUAGUCAUUUAGUUAAUAGUAUUAAUAUAAGUGAGACAACAACUACAGCCUGCAACGUAGUACAAAGUCAAACGCUGUACUGUGAUGAGUCGACGACAGUCGCCAGCAUAUUCGAGAGUGGCAUGCAAGCAGCGGCUUCGACAACAACAAACACAGCAGCAGAAAGUGCGUUUAACGUCACCGCUGCCAGUGCGGGCAAAGCUGACUUUGCUUCCAGCAACAGCAAUGCUUCCAUCUUAGACAACUUUAUUUGCUAUCUGCGCAUACAAUACGAACAAAUAACCGCUUCAAUCAACCAACCACCACCCGCCUACCAUAAACCGCCGCAAUCCGACGCCGCGUACGAGGAAUUGCUGCCGCACAACUUGACUGAUAGCUUUAGCGCCAGCAGCGAUUUCAGCCGCAAUCCUUUCAGUGGCGCUUGGCAGCAUUUUCUCAACGUCACUAGCAGCAGCAGCGGCGGCGCCAGCGUCAGUAGCAGACUGACUUCGAGUGAAUGGUUGCCGCAGUUGGGCGCUCAGCUGCUAAACGCCACUGCUGGACAAUUAAACCAGAGUUGGCUUGCUGGCGCUUAUGAUGAUGCACUUUGGUCGUGGAAUACAUUUGAUAUGCUAUCGAAUGACAGCGGCGCUGCCAGAAGAGAUCUUAAUGCGGCGACAUUCCCACUAAGCACCACUACAACUGAAAUUCCUAGCGAUUCACUAGCUUCGCUAUGGGGGCCACGCAAUCUAAGCGUUGACUACUCGCUUGGCAAUAAGCUGUCGAAGCAGCGCGAUUAUGAAUGGAUUUUUCUCUGUGUUAUCUUUUUCAUAUUUGCUGGUGGUCUUGGCAACAUUCUCGUCUGCUUGGCUGUGGCGCGUGAUAAAAAAUUACAAAAUGUUACAAACUACUUUCUAUUCUCGCUAGCGAUAGCCGAUCUACUAGUCAGCUUGUUCGUGAUGCCGCUGGGUGCAAUACCGGCGUUUUUGGGUUACUGGCCGCUCGGCUUUGUGUGGUGCAACAUUUAUGUAACCUGUGAUGUGCUGGCCUGUUCGUCGAGUAUACUGCAUAUGUGUUUCAUCAGCCUUGGACGUUACUUGGGCAUACGAAAUCCGCUGGGAUCGCGACACCGCUCAACUAAACGGCUAGCUGGCAUAAAAAUCGCCAUCGUUUGGGUGAUGGCCAUGAUGGUGUCGAGCUCGAUUACAGUUUUGGGCCUCGUUAAUAAGCACAAUAUCAUGCCAGCGCCGAACAUUUGUGUCAUUAACAAUCGCGCUUUCUUUGUCUUUGGUUCGCUUGUGGCUUUCUACAUUCCUAUGCUGGUGAUGCUCACUUCCUAUGCUUUGACAAUACCGCUGCUGCGCAAGAAAGCACGCUUUGCCGCUGAGCAUCCGGAAAGCGAACUCUUUCGGCGUUUGGGUGGUCGCUUUACAAUACGACCGCAGCAUAGCCAGCAGCAGUUGCAACUACACAACAAUAGUAGCUUUCGCAGCAGUAAUAAUAGCCACACCAGCUACAGCAAGUACUGUGUCAGCGACAACAAUCGCAAUUUCAGCGCCAAUAAUCAUGGCAGCAAUGAUGUCGGCAAUAGAGACAAUGGUGAUUAUGACAAACAACGGGCGCAUGGCUUGCGGCAUACAAACAAUUCGAAUUACACAAAUGGCGGCGGCGGGGGCAAUGCUGCAGCGUGUGCGGGUGGAGAUGGCGGCGGUGGCAGUAGCGGCAAUAGCGGCGGUGGUGGUGGCAUCUUUGGCGGUACAUUCCUAAAUUGUCGCACAAGUUUUCGACGCAGCACUAUACGUCAUUCGUCUUCGUCAUCUGUACGCAUCAAAUCUCCACCGCGUGACGCCAGCCGACUGAUGCAAUCACAAUCAGCGCAACAUAGUAGCUAUUGGCGUUCGCACGGCAAUCCAAACAUAAUGGAUAGGUGA